AUGUCCAGCGCAGAGCCAACGUUUCAGAAAGCCAUUCGCUGGCAUCCUCCCUCAUAUGACAUCAGAGUCGAGUCGAUCCCUGUCCCACAAAUUCAACACCCGGACGAUGCGAUUGUCAAAGUCACAUUGGCUGCACUUUGCGGAAGUGAUCUACACAUUUACAGGGGUCAUGGUGGUGUAGACAAAGUACACACUUGUGGCCAUGAGUUCAUAGGCGAAGUUGUCUCGCUUGGGUCGAAUUUCGGAAGGCCCGCUUUAUAUGCUCAGCUGAAAGUCGGAGACAGGGUUGUAUCACCGUUUACUGUCAAUUGUGGCGAAUGCAGUGUAUGCCGACUUGGCUACACAGGAAGAUGUCCCGAGGGUCUCCUGUUUGGAUCACCGAACCUGGAGGGCGGUCAAGCACAAUAUGUCCGCGUACCAAAGGCUGGUGGUACUCUUUUCAAUCUCAGCGACCCCUCCACAUGGUCCAGCAGCAUGUCCAAGGACGAGAAGGAAAAGGCUUUGAUUAAGCUCACCGACAGUUCUCUGCUCAUGCUAGCUGACAUUCUCCCCACUGGCGUCUUUGCUGCGCUGCAAGCGAUUAACCACCCAAAGGUCGCGCCAGUAAUAACAGGUCGGCCAUGGCCACUAUACAAAGUGUUGACCGUCGCCAUUAUCGGUUUGGGUCCCGUUGGCGUUUGCGCCGCCAUCAGUAUGCUCGACGCUCUUACAAUACGCCAAGUCCCGUUCCGAAUUGUCGCCAUCGAUCCCGUCGAGGCACGGCGAGAGAAGAUGAAAGCUGUGUACACCACGAUUGUCCAGGCUGGCGAAGAAACUGGGGAGUUUGUAGUUUUAUCAAUCGAAGAAGCUAAGGAAAAAGUUGCAGACUGGACAGGCGGUGUUGGGUGCACGACCGUUCUUGAGGUUGUUGGAAACACAAGUGCACUCUCCCUUGCUUACGACCUUGUCCGCGCCUUUGGAAUAGUGGUAUCCGUGGGCGUUCACGGACCACCGCCGCUUCCUUUCACUGGUCGCCAGUGCUACAACAAGAAUGUUUCAUUGGACUUCGGAAGGUGCCCCGCUCGUGCGAUGUUCCCAUUAGCAUUCGAUCUUUUAGGUUUCAUCGGGGAACCGGCAAGCUUGAUCGACCGAGUCGUCGAUUUUACAGAAGCAGCCGAUAGCUAUCGCGCAUUUGAUAAGGGUGAGGUGGGAAAGGUCAUUUUUGAUCCAUGGAAGUGA